AUGGGAAGUGGAAUCAAAAUGGGUGGCCCCUGGGAGAUCACAAUUUUUCUAGUUCUCUUUGGAGCUGGUCUGGCUUUCCUCUGCUUCUGCCUGAUUGUUGGCUGUGCAAUCUGCUGGCGGAAAGGAAGACGUCGGGAUCCCACCAAUGGAAAAGACCAGGCUCUGGAGCGGAUUGUCCUAGACUCCAGUACGGGGCUGCUUGGGAACCCCAGCAUGCCUGUCAAGCAGCAGUACGAGGAGGUAGAGGGCUCAGUGCUGGACUACCCACAGAGCACGACCGGCAGCCCGCUGGAACUUGGCAGCCAGUGCCAGAUUGGUCCUCGCGGAAGACCUUCCUUGCCUUCCAUCCCAAUUAUCCAGAAGACCAGCCUGGCAAGCAAAACCAGGAGAAUCCUGGAGAGACGUUGCACUUUAUCAGGAUCCAGCUUGGACUUCAAAGAACCUGCUGCAUUGGGAAGCUCAAUGGUAAAGCCCUUGGGUCCGACAUUGGGUCAUUCCCAAACUGCGCCGGACAGCCUCAUGGCCAUGAAGUCAAAGCCAAAGCCUCUCCUGCACUUCAUCAUCUACUACUCCUCCUAUGAGUUGACUCUAACAGUGUCCAUCAUUGGUAUCCACAACCUCCCCAAGAAGUUUGGUGCCGGCUGUGACUCCUAUGUAAGGGUCCAUCUCCUCCCCAAGGUCAUGGAGCCACAGCAGACUGCUGUACGCAGGAAAAGCCUGAACCCCGAGUUCCGAGAGAGCUUUCAGUUCUCGGGAUACACCAUGGAGGAGAUCAGAUGUUUCAAGCUCCGUUUCGCCACCUACGUCAAGGAGUUCCACAACCUCAAAGACACGUUUGUUGGUGAGUUGCUCUUUCCCCUACAACAGGCUGACUGGAAGGCAGACACUCCCUCCAACUACAACAUGGAGCUGACCACAACAAAGACAAAGCUUAAGAAGUGUCUCAGCACACAGGACAUGUCCAAUCACACAAGCAUCAUGGUGCAGCCCAAGCUGGUGGGCCAACUCUUCAUCCUCCUGCAGUAUCAGACCCUGGCAAACCGCAUCAAGGUCAUGGUCCGGAAGGCUGAGAGCCUGGCCCGACUAAUCCGCAUACCGGGCUCACCAGAUCACAGCGUCAUUAUAAACCUUUACAGAGAUGGCAAAAUAAUUUCCAGCAAGGAAACCAAGACUGCAAGUGGCUACAAUCCUGUGUGGAAUGCUCCAUUUCUCUUUGACAUUCCACCAGGAGACAUUGAAAGUCUGGACCUCUCUCUAGAGUUUAUUGUCAUGCAGGGUCGUAUCUACACCAGAAGCUACGUGCUUGGUCGUGUCUUCAUUAGUGCAAGCGCUCCGGAGGCAGGGAAGAUGCAUUGGAAGGAAAUGUCCAGCCGGGGUCACGUGGAAUCUGCCAGAUGGCACCCAAUCCAGUCGGACACUUUCUAGAUAUCCAUGUAUAUGCCAUAUUCUCUCCCUCUUCCGAAAGCAUUGGCCUGUCCAGUGAUAAGAUGUCUCAACUAUCCUAUAUUUAUUCAGAGCUUGGUGUGGUAGAGGCAAACGGUCCCCUUCACUUCUGUUGGUCCAUCCCAGUCAAGUGUUAGUUGCUAAGGGAUUCAAGGGGACUACGUUGAAACCAUUUCAUCUCUGAACCUUGAGGAUCAUGGUCUAUAGAACCGCCAUUUCAACAUGCAGAGGAUUGAGUGAGAUCAGUUGUGAGAAGUAGCAGCGAAGCUUAACUAGCCUGUAGCAGGGUAAA